AUGACUAGCCAGCAUCUAAUUCUUGAUAACGGCUCAUAUAAUAUCAAAGCGGGAUUUCUGUCACAAGAAAACCCUCUUUUGGUCCAUAAUGCACUAGCUAAAGCGAGAGACGGUGUCGUGUACAUCGGUAAUGAUUAUGUUCCACACACUAACUUGUACUCGGGAAUCAACUUCAAAAGACCACACGAUCUGGGCCAUCUCACAUCAUGGGAAACUGAGAAAACAAUAUGGGACUAUACAUUCGACAAGCUUUCGCCAAAAAAGGAACUUGAUCCACAAGACUUUCUGCUCAUACUUACAGAAACACCCUUCCAACUACCGCAGCUCUCGAUGAAUACAGACUUGAUCGUGUUUGAGGAAUAUAACUUCGGCCAGUACUAUCGCUGUAUUCCACCCCAACUUGUACCCUGGACGAAGGGAGACAAUCCAUCGGACUUUACGUUGGUUAUUGACUGCGGCUUCAGUGCUACACAUGUAGUUCCUGUUCUUUACCAAAGAGCUUAUUGGAAAGGCAUAAAAAAACUUCCAAUUGGAGGGCGGCACUUGAACAGUCUUUUGAAGGAAAUGGUGUCCUUCCGGCACUAUGACAUUUCUGACGAGCCUUUGCUCAUUAACACUGUGAAAGAGAAAACGAUGUACGUGGCUCCCGAUUUCCAGAAAGCACUCAAGCACAAGGCCGAGGCCCGUUGCGAAUUCGUCUUACCAGAUUUUAAAACUACAGUGACAGGAUACGUGCGUACAAAGGACACGAAGUUGCCCGAUGAUGCCCAAACUAUCCAAUUGUAUGAUGAGCGGUUUACAGUGCCCGAGCUGUACUUUCAUCCUGAAAUAAUGUUGGACAACAAUUCUUUCUCCACAAAUUCUGUCAUCCAGAAUGCAUAUUUCAAGAAUAUAACUGAUUUGGUUGUGGAGUCGAUCAUGGCAUGUCCAGAGGUAACAAGACCAAUUCUUCUGGCAAACUUAAGCUUUGUUGGAGGUAGCGCGAAUCUUCCAAACUUCAAGGAACGUCUCAUGUCAGAACUAGAGAAAGAAUUUCCAGUUAACUGGGUAGUGAAGGCUACGCCACAACCAUAUGACUUGGAUAAAGCUGCAUGGUAUGGAGGACAGGAGUUGGUUCAACAGGACAUUAUGAAGGAAAUUACGAUAUCCAAACAGGACUACUACGAGCACGGUGCCAAUUGGUGCCAAAAACAGUUUGGCUUUAGGAACUUCUAG